UUUCAUCCCAAGUUGAAAUUUUGGAGGGGAAACACAAUGAAUAAAUCCAAGGCAAAAAUGGGCAAGCCCACAACCCCUCAAAAUACUUCGGGGAACUGCAAUGUUACGAGUCGCAACACACCACCUUCUAGAAACAAAACAGACAAAGAUAUCCCUUAUGAAGGCAUUUAUCAGAAUUUAAGAUUUUGUGAAACAAUUACUUCCCUUAUGGGGAAUACAGUUCAGAUUCAACUUUCGAAUGGGAAAAUAUUUGAAGGAAUUUUUAGCACGUUUUCUCCUCAGUUAGAAGUUGUUUUAGAACUGGUUCAUACAGUUGACCCCAGCCAGCCUGAUAAAAUUGACAUUAAAUCAGUUUCUAGGGAGGUUGUCUUUGGUUCCCAAAUGAUUGUUAUGAUGAGCUCCAAAGAUGUGGAACUAGAUUAUGCAACUAAAGAUUUUGCCACUGAUACAUCCAUUAGCCGUUUUAAUGGGCUUAGUGGAGAGAAAGAGCUUGAGCCCUGGGAGGGUGAUGGUGAUGAUUGUAACAUUUCCUUGGACAAUGCUAAUGGAUGGGAUCCCAAUGAAAUGUUUGCCAGGAAUGAAAAAGUCUAUGGAGUUCAGUCUAGUUUUGAGCAAGACUUGUCACAGUAUACGUGUAAACUGGAAAGGAGAGACUCUGCCGAAUUCAAGGAAAGAGAAGCUCAAGCGUCACUCCUGGCUAACAGUAUCGAAGGGAACGCCGCCUCUAAAGCACAGGCGGAACUCGAAAACGCUAGUGAUGAAGAAGAAAAGUACUCUGCCGUGGUAAGGCCCAGCCAUGAUCGUGAACGCCGAGAGCCCCGUGACUUCCGAGACUUUAGUAACCGCUCAUCUGACCGAGGAGGGACCGCAGCGAGUGGCAGCGGAGGAAGCACGGCAUCCACUAAUGCCGGUGGGGGUGGUGCUCAUAACUCGAAAUACGUUCAUCCGAAUAAGCGGCCUAUUAAAGGUGGUAUUCAAAAUAUGGGCAAGAUUAUGCGCUCUACGCCACCUCCCCACGGUGCCCAUGGAGGGCACGCUCAUUCUAACCUAGCUCCUCGACAUCAGUCGGUAGGAGGAGGUGGUGGUGGAGGCGGCGGAGGUGGUGGAUCUUACCAUGGGGGUAACAACUACGAUGGCGAUGGCCGGGCUGUUCACACUUCGCAGUCGCACCCCAACAACUCGGGGCCAGUACACCAUGGAGGAAGCUACCAUCAGGGUGGGCCACAACACCAGCCAUUCCAAGGAUCUUCUCAAGGGCGGGGCUCUUCUUCCGGUCCAUACUAUAACCGCUCCCAAGGACCGCCUGGUGGUUAUAACAAUAAUAAAACCUCUGCUCAACAAUCGGAUUCUCGCUUGGCGAACGGCGACGAGCGCAAAGUCAACCGCGACUCGGCUUACGACUCGAAAAGUAGUCACGCUCCAUCCCAUUCGCACGCCCCAAUUUCUUCACUUCCCCAACGCGACCACGGUCCAAAAGAGCAAAGGAAGACGUACGCAGGCAAGACUAGAGAUGACCAAAACUCGGAUCUGAAGAAAUUUGGUCAAGAUUUUCGCCUGGCAUUAUCCGGGCCAGCUGAAACUACCCCUGUUGAAGAAAAUAAAGCAGCUCCUUCUCCUACGACAGGCAAUCCGGCUCCAACACCUAACAAAACAAGCACUCCUCCGCCACCGGCUCCAGUUGCACCCGUUGUUUCGCCAGCCGUUGGCGCCACAUCUGCCUUGACUCCUGCCGCCCCAACGGCACCCGUGGCUACGCCUUCUGCUCAGACUGUUCCGGCACAGCCAUCUCGUUCACCGGUUGUCAGCCCCGUGCAGGUCAAUGCGACGCCUACUGUGGUCACGCCUCCUGGCGCUAGCGUUGGCACUCCUCGCGAAGCAACACCAGUGGAUGAUAAAGUAGGCGAAUCCGUAGAAAAGAUGUCAGACACACUGAAGAAAUCAAGCUUGAAUCCAAAUGCGAAAGAAUUCGUUCUAAAUCCAAACGCACGGGUCUUUGUACCGACUCCCCCUCGGUCUCAUACCCCACAAACUCAACAAGGUGGUCAGAUGUUAAUACCUGCACCCAUGACCCAAUUAGGACCCAAUAUGGGUGGUGGUAUGGGUGGUUCGGGUAGUCCUGCACAAGGUCUGCCUUUAAUGCCCGUUGUCCACUACGUUCCUGCCAAUCCAGGUGGAGUACAAAACCAGGGACCCAACCAAGGUGGUAACCAACCACACUACACAGCCCACAAUCCGGGCGGGACGCGAUUCCGCAAGCCCUCACCGAUGCCCGUCCAUCGACCGGAAUUAGCGUCGCCGAUGCACGUGGCCGCCGCCACGGGACAGCCUUUGAUGGCACCUGCCCCAAUUGGUGGACCACAGCUCUUCUAUCCGCCGCAAGGUGCCAUGAUGCAAGGAACACCCCAGCCUUAUACACAGUUGUACGCGAUGCGCUUAGUUGGACCGCAGAUGCAGGGCAUGGUUUCAAAUUCGUCAUUCGGUGACACAAUGACAACGGGACACGGUCCAAUCUACAUGACGUCACAUAUGUCACCGGGCCAUGGUCAAGGAAUGAACAACCAAGGUCAAAUGGCACCUUCGCAGCAGCAGCAGCACCACCACCCUAAUUCGACUCCGUCGCCAGCUCAACAGCACUCAAUGGCCCAGACUCAAAGCGGGAAUCCCCCUCAAUUGAUAUACCAAACAGCUGGAGGACAUCAUGGACACUCACAAGGUCCCCUCCAUAGCCACCAUGCCCCCUAUCCUAUGGUGUUGCUCCCCCCGGGUCAUACCCAGCUGCCACCGGGCGUCUCCGGACCGUCAGGCGGUCCGGGAGGCCCACAGGGCGUGCAGCUCCUUCCGCUUGGCUCGUCGGCCGCAAUGGGCAUGCCCAUACCUCAAAUUCAUUACAUUCAGCAAGCCCCCGGUAAUCAAGCACUUCAACGCUUGGUCUGAUUUGCUUUUAGCAACAAAAUAAUUUAGGAAAUUUUUUGAAUUCAAUUAUCAAGUCAAGUACGGCUGGUCGGUCGAUUGAUUGAUACUUUGUGUUUGAAGGAACAGGUGGGCAGCCUUCCCAUAUGCAACAAUUGGUCCCUCAUAAUCAAUAAGUUGUCCACGUACAGAAACAAAACCAGAUACAAAACACAAAAAAAUUUCCAAACCAAUCAAAGUCUACCUACAAGAAUUCAAUUCAUCUCUUCCCAUAAUUUUCCUUCGAUUUUGUUCUCUAGAAAGAAGUGAAAGGGGUAAGACCACUUCCUCCUGUUCAUGAAACGACAGACGACCUAGGCAACUGGUGAAACUGAGUGAACAAAAUUUUUGUAGUGGAUUUAUUUGAAACCAUUGCCAUCUGUUAGUUAGGCCCAUUUUUUUUUUGGCGUACAAAAUAGGUGGCAAAUGUUUCAAUCGCCCAUCUAACCUGUAACUGACAGAAACGAAUAUUUUUUCAUCAUAUUUUUUCUUGUUCCUUCUUGAAUUUCAAAACUUUUCAAUCUGUGCAGCUGUGUUUUCGGUAGACUCUUUUUCAGCCUGCACUUUUUUUUUAUUUGAUCUGUCAGAAUAAGUUUCUGGAAACAACUGUCAAGUUAAACAGUGGCUGAAUUGGAACCCUUUGAAAUCCAAUUCAACUUGAAUCAAUUAAGAUUUUUCCUCUGGAAAAAGUCAACUACCCUACUGAGGAAUUAUUUAUUGAGAACUUUUUUUAAAAGAAUUUUUUGUUUUAAAAUAAUUUCCCUCUUCAUUGCCCAAUAUCCUGAAA